AUGGACAAACUCUCUACGCUUUCGCGCUUCAAAGCAUCAUGCCCAUUCUUGGGCAGGACAAAGACCUCGACAUUGCGCAACUUGUGUACUUCGACCUCUACUCGCUUCCCGUCGAUCUCCCUGCUUACCGAGCGCGCUACGAACUGCCCGGUCAUGGGUCCAGCGCUGAGUGUCCGUUCCAAGGAAAUUGUGGCUGGCUAUGCAAGCAUGGCUGGUAACUCGGACAUUGAACAGAUUCACAAGGAGAAGGGAGUGAAUAUUCCUGCUGAUGCUAGUGUCGAGAUGUGUCCUCAUGCGUCUGCUGCCCGGGCUGCAGCUCGUAUGGCAGACGAUCUGGCUCAUGCUGCCAAAGGAAAGGAAAUAUCUAGCAAGGCUGCUGCUGCUGCUGGAUGUCCUUUCCAUAAGGCUGCUCUCGAACAGACUGCAAAGGCCGCGGGGGUUGCCCCGCACCCGGUUCCCGUUUCUACCGCAUCUACCUCGGUUAGUUCCUCUACUCGCACCGGUGCCUACGACUAUGAGGCGUUCUACAACACUGAACUAGAGAAGAAACACAAGGAUAAAUCUUAUCGGUACUUCAACAACAUUAACCGUCUCGCGCACAAGUUCCCUGUUGCGCAUACUGCCAAGGUCGAAGAUGAAGUUCAAGUAUGGUGCUCGAAUGAUUAUCUUGGAAUGGGUAACAACCCAGUUGUCCUGGAGACCAUGCAUCGGACUUUAGACAGGUACGGUCAUGGUGCGGGAGGAACCCGUAACAUCGCAGGUAACGGUGCCGUCCAUCUUGGCCUCGAACGUGAAUUGGCUACUCUCCACCGUAAAGACGCUGCUCUAAUCUUUUCGUCCUGCUACGUCGCCAACGAUGCUACUCUCUCUACCCUCGGAACCAAAUUACCCGGAUGUGUGAUGUUCUCUGACAAGAGCAAUCACGCAUCCAUGAUUCAAGGGAUGCGUCACUCUACAGCGAAACGGGUCAUUUUCAAGCAUAACGACCUGGAGGAUUUGGAAAAUAAGCUCAAGGAGUACCCCAAGGAGACUCCGAAGAUUAUUGCGUUUGAGAGUGUGUAUUCCAUGUGCGGUAGUAUCAGUCCCAUCUCGGAAAUAUGUGAUUUGGCAGAGAAGUAUGGCGCAUUGACUUUCCUUGACGAGGUGCAUGCUGUCGGUUUAUACGGACCCCGUGGCGCUGGUGUCGCGGAACACCUUGACUAUGAAGCUCAACUGGCACAUGGCGAAAACCCUGACCCCAUUCCUGGUUCAGUCAUGGAUCGUAUCGAUAUCAUCACUGGUACUCUCGGUAAGGCAUAUGGCGCUGUCGGCGGCUACAUUGCUGGUUCAGACGAUUUCAUCGACAUGAUUCGGUCAUACGCUCCUGGUUUCAUCUUCACAACGUCUUUGCCUCCUGCUACGGUCGCCGGUGCUCAAGCUAGUAUCGCAUACCAAAAGAUAUACCUCGGUGAUCGUCAGCUCAAACAGGUCAAUGUCCGGGAAACCAAACGCCGAUUCGCAGAGUUGGAUAUUCCUGUUGUACCCGGUCCAUCACACAUCCUUCCUGUCCUCGUCGGCGACGCAGCUCUUGCCAAAGCCGCAUCUGACAAGCUUCUCUAUGACCACUCCAUCUACGUUCAGGCCAUUAACUAUCCCACCGUCGCUGUCGGCGAAGAACGUCUCCGAAUAACCGUCACGCAACGCCACACCGUCGAACAAAUCGACAAACUGGUCGCAGCUGUCGACCAGGUCUUCACGGAUCUAAACAUCAACAGGAUCAAAGACUGGAAAGCUCUCGGUGGACGUGCGACUGUUGGUGUUCCAGGUGAAGAUGAUGUCGUAGAACCAAUUUGGACCAAGGAGCAGCUUGGGGAAGAGACAGGGACGACACCGAAAACGUUGAGGGAUGGGGAGAAGGACGUGGUUGACCCACAGGGGGUGUUUGUCGCAAGGAGUAGGUUUGAUCAUUUGUUAGGACCAAUUUCUGGGCCGUUGCGGUCUGGGUAUCAGGUUGCUGCGCCUGCCGUCACCCCCAACACUACUACAUCGUCUGCGGCUUCGCUCGUGCCCAAGACUAUGAAGACGGGGACGAAAUUGAUGGACUUUGCUCCCAGGGCUAGGGAUAUCCCGGUCCCUCCGCCGUCCAAACUGAGUGCGGUUGCGUAA